AUGGCGGACCUGGGAGACAACGACGAGCAUUGGGCCGCUGCGAAAGCCAAAAGCCAGAAAGUUCGAGGACAGCCCUCGAUACAGAGAAAGAAUGAAGGUUUCUUCCAGCGAUCGAGACGGAAGAUCUCCCAGACAUUACCUCUUCCAGCAUUUCAUAAGUACGGUCACGGUUCCCGCACAAAUUGGCGAGAAACAGAAAAGCUGGGCCGCGGCAGGUGGACGCCACGUGAGGGCGGCACGUGGUCCAGAGUUAGGACAUUUGUAGGAAAUGUUUUGCGAAGGUUCAGAGUGGUGCUCAUAGUGCUCGUAUUUAUCACACUGAGCACUAUGCUCAUAUCUCAGACAGGAAUUCAGCAGCAGUACCGAGCAAGCAAGUCGCUCGGCGGAGGCAGCAACUUCGUCAUUCUGCUGGCAGCCAACGAAGGUGGAGGUGUCAUGGAAUGGAAAGGCCCACGAGAAUGGGCAAUCGAGAGAGACAGCAUACGGAACAAAAGAAAAUAUGCCGACCGAUGGGGCUAUCACCUCGAGGUCGCCGACAUGAGCACCAAGAAACGAUAUGCGCACGAAUGGCGAGAAAGCUGGGAGAAAGUCGACAAGCUAAGGGACGCUAUGGCUAAGUAUCCCAAAGCCGAAUGGUUCUGGUGGAUGGAUCUGAACACGUUCAUCAUGGAACCAUCAUUAUCUCUGCAAAAGCAUAUUUUCAACAACUUGAAAGCGAGCACCUACCGCGACAUCAACUACUACAAUCCCAUGAACAUCACACAUCCACCGGAGUCGUCGAUCCUGGACCCUGUCAGCGCCUCGCCGCUAGGUGACGGCGACCCUUCCUCAAUAGAUGUCAUUCUUUCGCAGGACUGCGGUGGCUUCAACCUCGGAUCGUUCUUCGUACGGAGGUCGGAGUUCACCGAGCGUCUGUUUGACAUAUGGUGGGAUCCUGUGCUCUACGAACAAAAGCACAUGGAAUGGGAGCACAAGGAGCAGGAUGCCCUCGAGCACCUGUAUGGCGCGCAACCAUACCUGCGGUCGCAUAUCGCUUUCGUCGACCAGCGAAAGAUCAACUCCUUCCCACCUGCAGCAUGCGAGGUCGAGACUACCGACGAACAGAAGGAGCUAAUCAAACAGAAGAAAAUGACGCAGCCCAUCGACAAACGCUUUCACUACAACGAAUUCGACCGUGACUUUAUGGUUAACAUGGCUGGAUGCGAAUGGGGUCGAGACUGCUGGGCAGAAAUGUAUGCAUAUCGGGAGUUGAGCAUCCGAAUCAACAGAUCUAUCUUCAAGAAGAUCAAGGACGCAGUUAGUGGAUUCUUCGAGCGACUCUUCGGAAUUGCUAAGAAGGUCGAUGCGAACGACCAACAGAGCGAUUCAGGGAAGUAA